CUAGGUGUAGGGAAAACUUAGCUAUUAGUGUGGCAGGGUCAUGAAGAAGAGGCGGCGGCGGGAAGACGGAGGUGGAGGUGGAGGCGUGAAACUGCGGUAGCUGUUGGCUGGGCUGGUGGUGUGCUUUGUAGACGGGUGCCGUUCCUACAUCCUUUCUUGGGGCAGCGGCCGGGGCUCGGGGCUGAGAGCGGCUGUGCGGCCGCCUCCCCGGGCCCCCUCGCUCCGCCAUGUUCCGCAGGGCACGCCUUAGCGUGAAGCCGAAUGUCAGGCCUGGUGUGGGCGCCAGGGGCUCCACCGCCCUCAAUCCCCAGCGAGGACAUGAGACUCCUAGGCCGCCGGAGCCAGAGCCUGCAGCACCCUCUACCCCAAAGCCCGCAGAGUCCACAGACGUGACCCUGGUGGAUUUCAAGGGAGCGGAGCCCCAAGAAAAGGCUCCAAGGAGUAGUGAUGAGAAGACUGAUGGUGAGAAUGAUGUUCAAGAAUCCAGUAAAUCUUCCUCUACUGCUUCACAGAGAAGAAAGGGAUUAUCAAGUACUUCUAGUCCAGUUAAGCCUAAUGACAAUGUUCCUUUAGAGCCUUGUCCCUUACUUACAGCUAAUCAAGAAACCCAACAGCCAAAUCCUGUUCCAACAAAAGAGAAACAGCCAUGCUCAGAUAGAUACCGAAUAUAUAAAGCCCAGAAACUGAGAGAAAUGUUAAGAGAAGAAUUGAGAAAAGAGAAGAAACAAUGGAAACAGAAAUUUGCCAUAAAUGAAAGCCAGAGGCUACCAGAUCGUUCGAAAAUGACCAUGAGAGACUUCAUAUAUUACCUACCAGAUAGCAAUCCAAUGGCUUCUUCACUGGAGCAAGAGAAGAAGAUUGAAAAACCGUUGACAGCAGUCCACCCAAGAGAGCAAGAAGGAAAGAAUACUCCUAAUGCUGAAGAUCAUGAAGAAAUAGAAGAGCCAGAUGAUGGGCCAUUGCUGGUUCCUCGAGUAAAAGUGGCUGAAGAUGGCUCUAUUAUUUUGGAUGAAGAAAGUUUAACUGUAGAAGUUUUAAGGACAAAAGGCCCCUGUGUUGUUGAGGAAAAUGACCCCAUAUUUGAGCGUGGUUCUACAACUACAUAUUCCAGUUUUAGAAAAAACUAUUAUUCUAAACCGUGGUCAAAUAAAGAAACAGAUAUGUUCUUUUUAGCCAUCAGCAUGGUGGGAACUGACUUUUCUAUGAUUGGACAGCUUUUUCCUCAUAGAGAAAGGAUAGAAAUUAAGAAUAAAUUUAAACGAGAAGAGAAAACAAAUGGAUGGCGAAUAGACAAAGCAUUUCAGGAAAAGCGCCCUUUUGACUUCGACUUUUUUGCUCAUUUGCUUCAAAAAGUUCUUGCUGAAGAAGAGAAAAGAAAACAAAAAUCUGUUAAAAGCCAAAAUUUACAGGAGAAAAAACCUUCUAAACCACGGAAAAAUGUAAAAGCUAAGAAAGUUGCCACUGAAGCAGUCAAUGAUGACUCAGAUGAGUCUGUGAGCAGUAAAAUCCCAGACAUGAGCCAGUCUCAGAAGGAUGCACAGUCUGUUGAAGAACACUCUCCGACUUUAUCAGAGCAAGAUUCAGAACAGAUUGCAUCAGAGCCAAACUUAAACCAAAACAAAAGGAGAAAGAAGAAUCAGAAUGAAGUUGGUGAACUGGAAGUUAGAAAUCAUUCAGAAAGUGCCACUGUUCAGCCAGAUCCUUCCCAAGGAGAAAUGCAGAAAAAUAAUUGUGAAUCUUUAAGACCUGAGGUAAAUGAGGUUGAAGAUAAUAAGCAGAAGGAACUUCCUUGCAUUCAGGACACAGAUGACAUUGUGGAUUUAUUCCCAAGUGAGAAAACUGAGAAAAGAACUGACCGUAUACUUUCAGCAAGCAGUCAUCAAGAUGUCCUAUCAGUAGGUGAUGAAACUUUGGAGUCAAGCCCUUCAGAUCUACUUUCAUCAGAAGUUGAAAUCACAACAUUGUGUGAGGUGACCAAUGCUAAGAGUAUUUCUAACAAAGAAAGUAAUGUAGACAUGAACAUCAAAAUCCUGGAAACUAAUCAAAUAGAAAAUGUUAAACCAGCACUGAGAGGACGACGUCAGAGACUUAAGCCCAAUUUAUCAAGGGCAGGUGGGAAGAAAUUAGUUCUUACACAAGAUCAAGCAGAUGCAGAGAGCAAGAGUUUACAUCCAGAAACUGCGCUUGAAAAGGAUAGCAUGGAAAAAGAUAAGAUGAAUACUAAUAUUUCUGGGAUGGAGAAUACAGAAGGAGAGAACCCAGAUGCUGAGACUGUAUCUAAUUCGAGUGAAAGGAUUUGUCUGCCUCAAGAUGAGCAGCCAAAGACUUUCAAUCCUGCACGGCAGAGGAGGGGCCGACUGUUAAGGCCAGAGCCAAAUGUGGGUAAAGCUGUUGAACAAAAAGAAACUCGGGCAUCGCAGGGAAAAAAAGGGACAAAUGUAGAAAAUAAUGAAAAUGAAUCAUGUGUCAGUAGAGAUUCUCCUGAACAAAUAGAAUAUGAGCCAUGUAAAAUUUUUGACUGUCAAGACAUCACAUCACAACCUGAGAAAAAUGAUACGUUCCAGAAUAUGCCAACAGACGAGCCAGAGGCUCUUAAUGAAUGUCCAAAAAAGACCCGAUUUCGGAAACCAAAGCCAAAUUUAGGAAGAGGAACUGGAAGAAGAAAAGUAUUCUCUAAGGAAGAGCUACCAGUGGAGACUCUUCCCUCUGAGAAAAUGACAGGAACUUCAAGACAGGAAACCUUACUAAAAGAGCAGUUAUCAGUGGAGGCUGAUACUGCUGAAGAUAUGGAGUUAGAUUUAAAAGAAAGUGGAAGCUGUGGCAUCAUUCCCGUGGAGGAGACCCCAGAAAUGAUUUAUACCACUGUGCUAAUGGAGACAGAUUUGAAAGAAAGCAGAAGGGAACGUUGCCCAGUGGAGAAGAUAACUGAUGUGUCUGAGGCCAUUGAGGAAAGAGAGGCAAAAUUGAAAGAAACUGGAAAGAAAGAAGUACCCCCACAGGAAAAUUCCCCAGAGAGAGCCAACAUUUUAGGUGUAGCAGAGACAAGUUUGAAAGAAACAGAAAAAGAAAUUUCUCCAAGGGAAAAGGGGCCAGUAGAGACCAGUGCAAUAGGGGAAAGGAAGAGUCUUUAUAAUGAGACAGGAAAGAGAGAGACUUCCUUAAUGGAGGAAUUAUCAGAAAAGGUGACUGACACUGAGAAAAUAGAGGCAGAUUUGGCAGAAACUUUCCCAAGGGAAAAUGUACUGGUGGGAAUUGAUUCCACAAGAGAAAAAGAGAUUAAGUUGAAUGAAACUGCAAUUAGAGACACUUCUCUGAUGGAGAAACCAUCAGAAAUGGUGACUGACAUUGUGGAAACAGAGGCGGAUUUGAAAGGAACUUCUCCAAGGGGAGAGCUACUAGUGGGAAUCAGUGCCUUUCGAGAAAAGGAGAUUACAUUGAAUGAGGCUUCUGUAAGAGAUACUUCUCAGUUGGAGAAGGCAUCAGAAAUGGUGACUGAUAUCAGGGAAGCAGAGGCAGAUUUGAAAGAAACUUCCCCAAGAGAAGAGCUACCGGAGGGGGUCAGUGCUGUUGGAGAAAAGAUUACUUUUCAUGAAUCUGCAACAAGAGAAACUUCUCUAUUGGAGAAGACAUUAGAAAUGUUGACGAACAUUGAGGAAACAGAGGCAAAUUUGAAAGGAUCUCCCCAAAUGGAAGAACUACCAGAGGAGGUCAGUGUUGUUGGAGAAAAGAUUACUUUGAAUGAAUCUGCAAUAAGAGACACUUCUCUGAUGGAGAAAGCAGUAGAAAUAGUGAUUAACAUUGAGAAAACAGAGGCAGAUUUGAAACUAAAUCCCCCAAGGGAAGAGCUACUAGAGGGGAUUAGUGCCUUUGGAGAUAAAGAGAUUACUUUGAAUGAAUCUGCAUCAAGAGACAAUUCUUUUUUGGAGAAGACAUCAGAAAUGGUGACUGACAUAGAGAAAAUAGAGGCAGAUUUGAAAGAAACUUCUCCAAGGAAAGAGUUGCCAGUGGGCCUCAGUGUCUUUGGAAAAAAGGAGACUGCUUUGAAUGAAGCUGCAACAAGAGACACUUCUCUUUUGGAGAAGACAUCAGAAGUAGUGAUGGAUACUGAGGUUUCAGAGACAGAUUUGAAAGAAACUUCUCCAAGGAAAGAGUUGUUAGUGGGGGUUACUGCCUUAGGAGAAAAGGAGACUAUUAUGAAUGAAGUUGCAACAAGAGACACUUCUCUUUUGGAGAAGACAUCAGUAGUAGUGAUGGAUACUGAGGUAACAGAGACAGAUUUGAAUGGGACUUCUCCAAGGAAAGAGUUCCCAGUGGCGAUUAGUGCCUUAGGAGAAAAGGAGACUACUUUGAAUGAAGUUGCAACAAGAGACACUUCUCUUUUGGAGAAGACACCAGAAGUAGUGAUGGAUACUGAGGUAACAGAGGCUGAUUUGAAAGAAACUUCUCCAAGGAAAGAGUUGCCAGUGGGGAUUAGUGCCUUAGAAGAAAAGGAGACUACUUUGAAUGAAGCUAUAAAAAGGGACACUUCUCUUUGGGAGAAGACAUCAGAAGUAGUGAUGGAUACUGAGGUGACUGAGGUAGAUUUGAAAGAAACUUUUCCAAGGAAAGAGUUGCCAGUGGGCCUCAGUGUCUUUGGAGAAAAGGAGACUACUUUGAAUGAAGUUGCAACAGGAGACACUACUCUUUUGGAGAAGACAUCAGAAGUAGUGAUGGAUACUGAGGUUUCAGAGACAGAUUUGAAAGAAACUCCAAGGAAAGAGUUGUUGGUGGGGGUUACUGCCUUAGGAGAAAAGGAGACUAUUUUGAAUGAAGCUGCAACAAGAGACACUUCUCUUUUGGAGAAGACAUCAGAAGUAGUGAUGGAUACUGAGGUAACAGAGACAGAUUUGAAAGAAACCUUUCCAAGGAAAGAGUUGCCAGUGGGCCUCAGUGUCUUUGGAGAAGAGGAGACUACUUUGAGUGAAGCUGCAACAAGAGACACUUCUCUUUGGGAGAAGACAUCAGAAGUAGUGAUGGAUACUGAGGUAGCAGAGACAGAUUUGAAAGAAACCUUUCCAAGGAAAGAGUUGCCAGUGGGCCUCAGUGUCUUUGGAGAAGAGGAGACUACUUUGAGUGAAGCUCCAACAAGAGACACUUCUCUUUUGGAGAAGACAUCAGAAGUAGUGAUGGAUACUGAGGUAGCAGAGACAGAUUUGAAAGAAACUUUUCCAAGGAAAGAGUUGCUAGUGGGGGUUAGUGUCUUUGGAGAAAAGGAGACUACAUUGAAUGAAGCAUCAACAAGGGACACCUCUCUUUUGCAGAAGACAUCAGAAGUGGUGAUGGAUACUGAGGUAACAGAGACAGAUUUGAAAGAAACUUCUCCAAGGAAAGAGUUGUUAGUGGGGGUUAGUGUCUUUGGAGAAAAAGAGACUACUUUGAAUGAAGUUGCAACAAGAGACACUUCUCUUUGGGAGAAGACACCAAAAGUAGUGAUGGAUACUGUGGUAAUAAAGACGGAUUUGAAAGAAACUUCUCCAAGGAAAGAGGUGCCAGUGGGAAUUAGUGCCUUAGAAGAAAAGGAGACUACUUUGAAUGAAGCUGUAAAAAGGGACACUUCUCUUUGGGAGAAGUCAUCAGAAGUAGUGAUGGAUACUGAGGUGACUGAGGUGGAUUUGAAAGAAACUUUUCCAAGGAAAGAGUUGCCAGUGGGCCUCAGUGUCUUUGGAGAAAAGGAGACUACUUUGAAUGAAGUUGCAACAAGAGACACUACUCUUUUGGAGAAGACAUCAGAAGUAGUGAUGGAUACUGAGGUUUCAGAGACAGAUUUGAAAGAAACUUCUCCAAGGAAAGAGUUGUUAGUGGGGGCUACUGCCUUAGGAGAAAAGGAGACUAUUAUGAAUGAAGUUGCAACAAGAGACACUUCUCUUUUGGAGAAGACAUCAGAAUUAGUGAUGGAUACUGUGGUCAUAAAGACAGAUUUGAAAGAAACUUCUCCAAAGAAAGAGUUGUUAGUGGGGGUUACUGCCUUGGGAGAAAAGGAAACUAUUUUGAAUGAAGUUGCAACAAGAGACACUUCUCUUUUGGAAAAGACAUCAGAAGUAGUGAUAGAUACUGAGGUAACAGAGACAGAUUUGAAAGAAACUUCUCCGAUGAAAGGGUUUCCAGUGGGUAUGAGUGUCUUUGGAGAAGAGACUACUUUGGAUGAAACUGCAACAAGAGACACUUCUGUUUUGGAGAAGACAUCAGAAGUGGUGAUGGAUACUGAGGUAACAGAGACAGAUAUGAAAGGAACUUCUCCAAGGAAAGAAUUGCUAGUGGACCUCAGUGUCUUUGGAGAAGAGGAGAAUGAAGUUGCAACAAGAAAUACUUCUCUUUUGGAGAAGAUAUCAGAAGUGGUUAUGGAUACUGAGGUAACAGAGACAGAUUUGAAAGAAACUUCUCCAAGGAAAGAGUUGUUAGUGGGGGUUAGUGCCUUUGGAGAAGAGGAGACUACUUUGAAUGAAGCUGCCACAAGACACACUUCUCUUUUGGAGAAGAUAUCAGAAGUGGUGACUGGCAUAGAGGAAACAGAGACAGAUUUGAAAGAAACUUCUCCAAGGAAAGAGUUGUUAGUGAGGGUUAGUGCCUUUGGAGAUAAGGAGAUUACAUUGAAUGAAUCUGCUAAAAGAGACAUUUCUCUUUUGGAAAAGGCAUCAGAAAUGGUGACUGACAUUGAGGAAACCGAGGCAGAUUUGAAAGAAUGUUCUCUAAGAGAAGAGCUAGGAGAGGGCAUCAGUGCCAUUGGAGACAAGAUUACUUUUAAUGAAACUGCCACAAGAGACACUUCUCUGAUGGAGAAGACGUUGGAAAUGGUGACUGACUUUGAGGAAACCAUGGCAGGUCUGAAAGAAACUGUAGGAAACAUUUCCUUGAUAAAAGAUACAUUAGAAGAGAUCCGAGCUGAUGAAGAAAUGAUGCAAGAUAUGAAACAAACUGGAAACAUAAACAUUUCUCUAAGGGAAAAUGAGCCUGAGGAGACUGGCACCUCAAGACAAACCGAGACAGAUUUGAUGCACAGUAGUUGUGGUGACUGCAACACUGUUUCUCCUCCAGAUGUCAAAAAUGUUAGUGGUGAAGUACUGCCCAUAGUACAAAAAUCUAUAGAAGAAAAAAAUUCUGAAAAGGAAGUUUCAAGUCCACUACAGACUUUUGAACAUGAUGAAAUGGAAGACCAAGGGAGGCAGUUUCCAGAUAUUUCAAAUACUAGUUUAAGCAAAUCUCUUCCUCAAGAACAGAAGCCGUUUGAAGUUAAACCAACUCCUUUUAUGAGAAGUCGAUUCAAAAGACCAAAACCAAACUUGACAAGAGCGACUUUAAAAAGACCGACUGUAGAACCAAAAAAAUAUGUAAUUGGGAAGAAAUUGGAAAUUGAUGAAACAGAGACUAUUGUGACACAACAGAACAAUGAACAGAUGAAUACUCUCCCUUCUCAACCUGAUGUGACUUCAGUAAUGACAUCAAAGGAAAAAGAUAAUUCAGGUCAGAAGCAGGAGGAGGCUGUGACACUACCAUAUAUACAGACUGAAAAGGACCUUGAAGAGGAGGCUCAAUCUACACAAGCUCAGGAAAAGGCUUAUAGCAUAAACACUUCCCCACAAGAAAUGAAGGGAAAUAUUAUCCCAACUGCUCUACCUAGAAGGGGCCAACUUCAGAGACCCAGGCCAAAUAUAAGAAAGAUUGGGCAGAGGCAAAUAGUAGAACAAGUUGAAGCUAAAGUCACAAUUGAAGAAGAAAGAAACCUAGAAAAGGAAGAAACUGAAAAGGAAUCCCUGACUAUGGCAAAUUCUCAAAUUGGAAAUGACAUUGAAGUGGUAUCAUCCAAAAUUUCAGAAUGCAGUGUGAAUGAUGUUUUAGAUGAAAAGAUAAGACAAGAACAUAAAACACAUACUCUGAGGCCACCACAGUUGAUAAGAAGACAGUUCCAAAAAGCUAAGCCAAAUCUGGGAAGAGCACGUGUCAGUAAAAAAGAGAAUCCAUGCCUAGAAAAAAACAGGGCCUAUCAGAGCGAGACAAAGAAGCCAGAAGAUAAUGUGCAACAGCAGGGAGACUGUGACUCUCAGCUCCUUCAAAAAGAAAAGACUGAGUUUCUGACAUCUCUGGAGGUUUCAGCAAGAGCUCAUGUAGGUUCCAAAGAGGAUGCUUUGGCCAAAAGAGUCACUCCAUCAGAAGGUGAACCACUAGGAAGUGAUGUAGAGAAAACUGUCGGAGACAGUUCUACUUCUUCAGUUGCUGAAGAGCAGUAUCUCAGUAAGCUAAAAAGCUGUCCACAACUGUUAAAAGAACCAAAUUAUUCUAAAAUCAAUCUGGAUCAGAGAACAACUAUCUCUUCUGCAUCUGAAUCUAAGAUAGUCCAUAGUGAGAGGAGAACACAUCGAAAGAUCAAACCAAAUGCUACCAGAGGACGAGGAUCAAAACGAGCUCGGAGUAAGACCUCUAAGAAGGAAACUAGGCCUUCAAAGCCCAUGCUAGUGACACUUCGGGCUUCCCAGGAAGAAGAUGAAGAUGAGGAUGAGGAUUAUGAACCUGACUAUGAAGACGAAAUCUAUCAUCUUGCUCCAGAAGAAGUAAACAAAGCCCCAGUGUUUGUACCGGUUGGUCUCAGAUCUCCUGAACCUGUUCCUGUUCGUAUCCAGGAAACUAUGGAAGAGCUUGAAAUAACCGUGAAUGCUCCAGAUGUAGAAUGCAUAGCUAUUGUUGAACCUCAGUUUUCAAAUACAGAUGUGACUACUCAGGAAAUGAAACCAGAAGCAGAUUUAAAUGCACUACAAGUUGAAUUGACUCCAGUUGAACAUACCCAAGACGAAACAGGUACCAAUGAUGGAAGCACUGAAGCUGCCAUAACUUUACUUACAAUGGGAGAUCUAGUAUUACAGUCAGAAAUCGAUACAGAUCAGGGUGAUGGAAUAUGGAUACUACCUGAUGUUCAUUCAAAGGAUGAAAGCCAUAUUCCAUUUAGUCUUGGCCAUGUAGAGCACAGAAUUGCUCAUGAAUGUCAGGAGUUGUCUUUACCUGUAAAUAGUGCAUCUCUUGCAUCAUUAGAAGAAAACCAGAUUGUAUUGGAGGAACAGAAUAUUAAAGGAGAAGUCGGUUUAAUGGAGAAGUUAAGAGAAAACUCUCUGUCCACAAGGAAUACAACUUAUGAAGUGACCAAUAAUUUAACAAAGAGAAGUAGAUUUGAUGCUCAGGAAGUUCCUAGUCUGUUUGUAGCCCAAGAAGAAGAAAUCCACAGUGAAACCCAGGAAAAUGCAUUUAAAACAAACUUAGAUGAUAAAAUCCUUGGAUUAGAUACAGUAGGAGAUAACAAGGAACAGCACCAACUGACAUCUAUGCACAACAUUGAAGAAGCCAGUAGUUCACAAGCAUCAAACCUAACUGAAAGAAAUGAAGGUCAAAUAGAAGGACCUCAAGAGGUUCAGAUAUUUUCAGUCGAUCCAAUUAUUCUUCCCAGUACAUUUAGUUCAGCUCGGAACCUUGGUGAGAAUAUUGUGGAAGAGCCCCUGAACAAGAACUCAAGUGAAGAUAGUCUGCUUAAACUUCCUAUACCAAAGGGUAUACCAACUAGUAUUCCAGAUGUCCAAAAAGAAGAUGUAAUCAAUUCUCAAGACUUAGCAGUUGCUAAUGUAGAUGAAGCUGAUGAAGAUGAACACACAUUUAUUUUAACUCUGGUGGAAAUCCCAGCUGAUGCAGUAGAAUUCACAGACAGCACUACACAGUUAAUGCCAAAUACCUUACUGCCAGCACCUAUAUUGGUCAAAUCAGUGAAUGCAGAAGAAAGGGCUAACAUGAGAUUGAAUUUUCCAGUCACCUCAUUUAGUCAGGAUGCCUUAUGUUUAUCUAGUUAUGAAAAAGGUGAUUCUGAGCAACCUCCUGCUAAUGUGGAUGUUAUAUCUAGGAAGAGGAUUCACAGUGAGCUUGAUGAAAGAGAAAGUGACCCUGCUUCUCCUGCCAAAAAGCGUUCGCUCAUUUCAAGUGAUGCUUAUCAGACAUAUACCUCUGAGGUGUGUUCAAAGGAAUCAGUAAAUGCUAUUGAAAUGACAGGGGUGUCUAGCAAAGGGCAAGGUACCUUCCCUACCUCAGGAAGCACACUUGCAUCUCCAGAAUCUCAGAAAGAGCAAAGUGAAACAUCAGCUUUUCAGAGUAUAGAAACGAAAUCUCUUGAUGAUGAAGUAAUUGAUACACAUAGAGAAAAGAAUACAUUUCAGUUACUUCAGGAUAAGGAAGAAAGAACAUGCUCUGCUUCUAAGUCUGAACAAAUGGGUAGCAAAACAUCAUCUUCAAAAACUCCACUAACCAGACCUGGCAGAAGACCCUUGGGAUUUUUGUCUUUAAUAUGUUCAAAGAAUAGUUUGGAAUCUGAUGAGCCUACUCUAAUUCGAAGUAAGAAGCGCCUAAAACCUCAUAUACCUAUGGCAAGACAGAAUUUGAAAAGAUCUAAUCUGCUCAAUGAAAACCAGGAAAAAAACCAGGAGUCCUCUGAUCUUCCAUCUCCAAAUGUUGUUAGUACUCAAUCUGAGACUACUAGCCAUUCAACCACUCAGGUUUCUCGUGACCGUUCCUUACCAAAAGAAGAAUGUAAAAGUGGCCAAAAACAAGUAACUGGAGAGGAACUAAACACAAUCUCUGAAUAUUUCUUUAAUGAUAUAUUUAUUGAAGUCAAUGAACCAGAAUAAAAACCUUUUUUUUUUUAAGUCUGAAAUUCCAGAGUCAAAUAUAUCAACCACAGUAUUUAGAACAAAACAUCACUGCUUAUUUUUCAUUGGGUUGAUUUUGAGUAUUAAUGAGCUUGAUUUAAAGGAUUUUUAUAAUCUGGGAAACAUUACUUACAUUUGUUUGAUUGGUUGAUUUGAUUUUUGGAAACUCCAUACAAUGAAAACUGCUUUAGCAGACAGAAAUAGCAACUCUUGUUUACAUAUUGAUUCUUCUGAGCACACAUGGCAUUUUGAAAUGUUAUGGAUAAAUGUUAUGUCCCUGUAUUUAUCCAUAUAUAAAGCAUAGUGCUGAUAUAUUUGGAGGUGGAUUAUGUUUAACAUUUAAAUGGAACUUCAUUUAUGAAGUUUAAGAUUUUUCUGUUGAGUUUUGUUUUUUUUCUUUUUGGAUGAUGGCCUCUUUGGUUGUCUCAGCAUAUGAAAGUGAAUAGUGAAACUCUAGUAUGGUAAAUGUUUGAAACUUUUCUAUUAUCAACUAUUUGACUGACUGAAAAAAUUAUAUUUUUCUAAUUCAUGUUGCUGUAAUAUUAGUCCUAACUGAAGAACUUGUAUUUAAACUUAUUUAUAGAGAUGAAACAUCAAAAUGUUUAUUUAUUUUAAAGUUUUUUAUUUAAAAGGAUAUUUGGUAUUAUUUUUACCCUUCAGAUUGUGGGUAAAGAUGGUAUUAACAGAUUUGUUUGUGUUUUUUCAUUCUUUAAUUUUAAAGAUAUUUAAAGUGAUAUAAUGAAAAGUAUUUGGAUAUUGUAUAUGUUUUGAACACAUUUUUUUUUCCUCAUGGUAUACUGACUUUGUACUGUGAAUUUUUUUUUUUUAAAUAUCAUAGAUAAUCUCAGGAUUUGUAUGGGAACAAAAAGCCCUUCAUCUAUGAAGCAAAUUUCCAUACCAAAUUCAAUCUCCUUUAUACUCAGUUUCUCAAACCCAAUUUCUUAUUAUUUUCCCCAUUAUUAAACACUUAGGUGUUUAAGCAUAGGGCAUAAUUUUGAUGUUAGAAAGUAAGGUAAUAAAACUUAAGUCCAUGAUUGCCAUCAGUAUGAAUUUAGGGUUUGUAAUUAUGGUAUUUUGUGAUUUAUUUAUAUAAUUCUGUUAUCCACCUAAGCAAAUCUUGGUGAUUCAAUUUAAACUUUUCAAAAGAGUGGAUUUAUUUAUUCUUUUAUUUCGAAAGUAUCCUGGGAUAAUGAUACAUUAUCAUACAUCUGACUCAGGAGCCAGAAUUUUUUUUUAAGUUUGUGGUCUCUGUGGCAGCUACUCAUCUCUGCCAUUUGAGUGUGUAAAGUACCAUACACAGUACUUUUAAAAUGAUGAUGGACAUGGCUGAACUGGGCUAUUAAUUUGGUCCCUACAUUAGUAAUUUUCUUACCUUAAGGUGCUGACAUCUUUAUCUAUGAGGUUGAAAUUAGGGAUUGUGCCUAACAAAAUUGUGUAGGUUACAUUAUGAAGUGAUCAGUGUUUCAAUUGGGGAGAUAUGUUAUAAUCUAGAUAAUUGUGAUUGUGUAUUGAAAAAAAUGGUGACCACUUUCAAAUUCAUUAGUAAAAUAGGAUAUGGUUCAAUAAGCGUUAACUGUGGUCCUAAUGUGUUAAAGCUAUUGAAAAGAACAUUUAUUCUUUGCCUUUGAGUGAAAUUUUAACUUAAAACUCAUAAAGGAGAAUUUAUCAAUGCGAGUGGAAGUUCUCUAUAGGUAUACAUUUAUUUAUUUCCUGGUUAAUUGUCAUGAAAAUCAUGGUAGCAAAUCACACAGCUAUUUUAAUACUUUUUUUAAAAAAAACUUAAAAUGUCAUAUCCUGAAAAAGUUCUUUUUAAUAUUAAUUUUGGUAGCACACUGCCAUAAUUAAACUGUUAUUUUAUCAUCUCUUGGGCAAUAUUUCUCUCUCUCUGUAUAUAUAUAUGUAUAUAUAUAUAGGCUAAGAUAUAUAUAUAUAUAUAUAUAUAUAUAUACAUAUAUAUAUAUUUUUUAAGUUUUGUUAACGUCUGUCUUAUGUUCAUCAUCUUAUGUAAAUUAAUUUUAUGGAAGAUAGAACUUCUCACUGUGUAAAAAAUUAUUAUCUUUGGGUAUUCAUUGUAUUAGAGAAUCAAGCCAGUCAGUAAAAUAAUCCUAUUGUUCUAUCCGUAAAGCUAAUCUUGGUAAAAGAGAAACUUAAUCAGUGUAUCUACCUUACAACAUUGGAAGACUUAUUCUUUUAAAGAACUUAAAUAAGAUGUGAAGAAUUUGUAUUUUAUGAAUGUUAAAGGAGAUAUGAUUAAAGUUUAUUUUUUUCUUGACUUUCCUUCUGGAUACUUACAUCAUAGCAAGUAAUCCACAUGAGGGUUUAAAAGCUUAAUUGUUGGGAAAUGAUUGAGGCACAGAUUAAAAUAUGAAUAUCUACUGUUUACACCCAUGUUAUUUGAAAUACAAGUGACUAUAUAUUACUUUGCUUGAAGAUGUCUUUGACAAAAAGCAGUCUGUUAUUUGUAAAAUUUCUUGUUCUAAAGAAAGCAGUUAUGAUCUACAGAUAUAAAUUAUGUAAAUAAAAUUAUUUUAUACUACUACUGUUGUGUUCUUUUGAUACAACUAAAUAUAUUAAUGUCUAGUUAACCAAAGCCAUUCAAUUUUUCAAUUAGUUUGAAUUUAACUUUCUUCCUUCCCUAUACAUAGGAAGGAUUAACCUUUUUUCUUAUGUACAUACUGUAAAGAAUUUCUUAUUUUGCAACAAUAAAGAAUCGCCUUUUCCCCAUA